ACAACAAGAAGAAAACAAUAACAAAAACAUUUCCAUCAUUCGACAACAAAAGAAAAUCAAGGAAAACAAAAAUAAACUGGAAAAUAUAGUACAAUAUUUUUCUUACCUAAUUUUCAAGUGACCAAGAUGCCUCCCUCAAUAACACCACCGUCCGUCGCUCCUCCAGCCUUACUACUGACGGAGGUGCUACAGAAGGGGGAGCAUUUGAACCCUCACGCUUCGAACACCAAAACAAACAGGGAUGCCAACCUUACCGCACUAGACAACAUUACCAGCCUUCCCGACUUCCUCUCUCGCCCAGAAAGAGAUAUUAAUUCGAAUCUCGCCUUCCUCGCCUUCAUUAUGGCUUUGCUGGACACUGUGGUCAAUAUUAUAAGCAUCAUCAACAAUAACAACAACAACAAUAAUGAUAAUAAUAACAAUAACAAUAAUAAUAAUCUCAAUGUUAAUGAUUUGGUGUCUAUGAGCGAGAACAUGAACGACAACACAGUAAUGGGACGCAGUGUGCUGAGGCGGGUUGGUCGCUUUCUACACGACUCCACUGCUGCUGCUAUUGGCUACGUAAGAACCGCCAUGGACUCCCUCACCUCCUCCUCCUCCUCCUCCUCCUCCUCCUCCUCCUCCUCCUCCUCCUCCUCCUCCAGAAUUACCUACUGCUGUCAGUGUUCUAGCGAUGUCCAGGGCGUAGAUCAAGAAGGAUGCCUUGCUCUCACCACCAGUUUCAUCAGAACCUUUCUUGGGUUACUGCUGACGAAGGCACUGACGGAGGGUGUAUCGAAGCCUCCUGCAGGUGUUAAAGAGGUGCUCUGUUUGUGUACUAUCCCUGUGCUCUUACUGACGGAGGCGUUCCAGCGCCAAUCACUCAGUCAAAUACUCUUCUUCUUCUUCUUCUUCUUCUUCUUCUUCUUCUUCUUCUUCUUCUUCUUCUUCUUCUUCUUCUUCUUCUUCUUCUUCUUCUUUUUUUCUUCUACUUCUUCUUCUUCUUCUUCUUCUUCUUCUUCUUCUUCUUCUUCUUCUUCUUCUUCUUCUUCUUCUUCUUCUUCUUCUUCUUCUUUUUCUUCUUUUUCUUCUUCUAUUUCUUGUCCUUGUUUUUAUCUUUUUUGUUCUUUCUCUGUUCGUAUUUCUAUGUCAGCUGUCCGUGGGAGUAGUAUGAUGGUAGUGGUGGUGAUGGUGGUGGUGUUGAUAGUAGUAGUAGUUGUAGUAGUAGUAGUAGUAGUAGUUGGAGAGGUGGUGUGAACUCUUCUACAGUAUAACAGCGUCUGACUUCGAGCGUGUGUGUGUGUGUGUGUGUGUGUGUGUGUGUGUGUGUGUGUGUGCG